GUUGUUGUCAGCUGACAUUACUUCCUCCUCGCGGAUUUCCCCUGAAUGAUUACUUAUUCGUGUCAAACCAGCUAAACAUAUUUAUUGUUGAGGGAACACGAAGAUAAAUGAAAUGUCUGCUAAACCCACGUGUUUGAUUGUGGCGAGUGCGUCUCCUCAAGGUGUGUCAGCGGCGUCUUUCCAUCAGUCCUUCAGCCUUUGUGCCUCCGUGUUUAAUCUUCAGACAGCCACGCCUGGGGGGAAGCCAAUAGACUUUGUUGGAGUCGAUGAAAGCACCGCUCGAUGGGUGCAGGACUUCAACCUGAAACCCUACGCAACACCUGCCAAACUUGAAUCUAUAGACGGUGCUCGAUACCAAGUGCUGCUCAUCCCGGACUGUCCCGGAGCACCGAAUGACCUGGCACACAGCGGCUCACUGCACCGCAUCCUCACACACUUCAUCUCUCAUCAAAAGCCUGUUUGUGCAGUGGGACAAGGAGUGUCGGCGCUGUGCUGUGCCACUGAGGGACAGCGGUGGAUCUUCAAUGGCUACAGCUUAACAGGGCCGUCAGUGUUUGAACUGGUGCGGAGGCCUGACUUUGCCAACCUGCCCUUGGUCGUGGAAGACUUUGUGAAAGACAGUGGUGGAUCAUACACGGCAAGUCAAGAAGAUGCUGUGCAUGUCGUAAUAGACAGACACCUAAUAACAGGCCAGAAUAUGCAGUCCACCUCACUUGCUGUACAUAAUCUAAUCCUGCUCUCCAGUGCAAAAUAAGAACAGAAACAUCAGGAGCAUUCAAAUUCAACUGCUUAGUUGUUCCACAUUUAUAUUCAUGUAAUCAAACAAACAUUCAUCUCGGACAAAUAUUGGAAGAUGCUGGGUCAGAACCGAUGUUUGGCAACACUGUAAAUACAACUUCUCAAUGCUGUUAUUAUAAACACAAUCAAAUGUCAUGAUUCGAAAAAUACAAGAGAGAAAACGCAGAUGCAGUUUUGAGGAUGUUCAAAGUCAGAGAAGGAUUCACAUGCACCCAAGAGAAGAAAUGUUUGUGGGCAAUGGAGCACAAAACAGAUUUCUGAAUUUGGACUGUAGAGGCUGCUGAUGUCUGGUUGGUGGACAAGAGCAGAAUAUAACCUUUCAUUUUAACAUUAUAGAAAUUGAUUAUCAUGCACCCUCUGUUGUUGAAGGGAGACGAGUCACUGCACUUUGACUAAACUGGACAAGUUGAAUUGUUUUCCACAAUGAUGAGGAAUAAAACAUACUGAAGUA